AUGGGGCGUACCUUUCAGAAAGUGCACUGCGCCAUGGUGGGAAGAUUCGCAGACGGCAUAGCAGAGAAGAUUCCCCAGUGGAUCAAAGCCAAUGGUGGUCAAUUCUCUCGGGGUAUCGAUGCGUGCGUGACCCAUCUUAUUGCCACCAAGCAAGCUUACAAGGAGAACGGCCCGUUGAUCAAAAGGGCUCAGGAGUUGAAAACAGCCAAGAUUGUCUCAUACGACUGGCUGGAAGACUCUUUGCUAUCACCCACCAAAAGACCCAAGAAAGAAGAAUCAUACCUGGUUCAAACCCUUGUGGAGGCUGACAAACCUCCAAAGGCAGCAAAGAAAGUUGUCCCGGACAAGGUCACCAAGUGCCAAGGCAAAAAGGACUGCAAGCCCCGGAAAACAGCUGAUCCUUUCGUGGAACCCAAGGGAAAGAAAAAACCGGUACGUCGAACAUAUCACGACAAAAAAGGCGUGGCCUAUAGAGUCACCAUGUUCCGCUCCUCAAAACCACCAUCAACGUCUCGAGAGAAGUACCAAUUGGCUGUCUUUGAGACUAUUGCAGAACCCCGUUCCUACUCAACGUACACCAAGUUCAGCAAAACUGGAACCUCAAAGGUGGAGAUCCUGACGUCCGCAAAAGCGACCCUUGACUCCGCUGUGGCACGAUUCGAAGCUUUCUUUAGGGAACAAACGGGUAAGGAAUGGAAGGAUAUGGGAAAUGACACAGCGCCACCACCAAAGGUGGGAACUGACGGAGAAUCUCUACCGCUGCACGAAGGUUGGUUUUACGUCGAAAGGAACAUGAGCAUUCUUUCCGAAUUUAUCAGAGCCGCCCCUCAGGAUAAUUCUGAGACGGCCGUUGAUCAAACGGAAUAG